CCGCGGAACUAGAGCGUAAAAUAUAAACUUUAGCUCCGUCCUUUACAGUCUGUUUCAAAUCAUUCGUUAUUUCAAGCGCCAACAUGUCUGCUGAAAAGUGUCUCGCUAAAGGUAGCGCUGCCCCUGGCCCAGUCCCUGAAGACUACAUCAGGGUUUACAGCAUGAGGUUCUGCCCUUUUGCCCAAAGGACCAGACUGGUGCUCAAAACCAAAGGAAUCAAAUACGAAACCAUAAAUGUCCACCUGAAAGAAAAACCCGAUUGGUAUCUUAAGAAGAAUCCUCUUGGUCUUGUCCCAACGCUUGAGACACCUGCUGGUGAGGUGAUAUACGAGUCACCCAUCACCUGUGAAUACCUGGAUGAAGUUUACCCUGAAAAGAAGCUGCUUCCCUCCUCUCCCUUUGCUAAGGCUCAGCAAAAGAUGAUGCUGGAGCACUUUUCCAAAGUGAUACCGUACUUCUACAAGAUCCCAAUGGAUAAAAAGAAGGGAGAGGAUGUCUCCGGACUGGAAGCUGAACUGAAAGAAAAGUUUGCAAAGUUAAACGAGGACCUCGUUAACAAGAAGUUUUUGGAUGGCACACCUGAGCUGAAGAAGUGGACAGAACUCAUGUUGCAGGACUCGGCUGUCAAAGCCCUCAUGUUCAGCCCAGACGCCCACAAGGCCUUCUUCAAGACCUUCCUUGAUGGAAACCCAGACUUUGACUACGGCCUGUAG